UUUCCAGAGAACAUCGUAAAAUCCUGAAGCAGUCAGGUUUUAGGACCUGCGGCAGCUCGUCCACAGAGGAGGCUCUCAGACUGAGCACUUCUGCCUCAAACUACCACAGCAAUCAAUUUCCCAACAACAGGAGCCGCUUCACACCGCUGACAAGAGCACACCGGUCCACAAUUCAGGAUUAAACCCUGGAGCAAAAGUGGAAUAUUGAAACCUAAAAUCAAGGCAUCAUCCGAGUAACUUUCUGAAGUCAGAAGAGAGUGAAGGAGGAGGAGGAGGAGAGAGAGGAGCUGGAAGCAGAAGAUGCCACGCUGGUCGAUACAUGUACCAUGAGGAGCACAGGAGAUCUACGCUAAAGACAGAACAGAGAAAACACUUCACCUGGACACAUUUCACAGGUCACGUUGAGCCCAUGCGGUGGUCCAUGCUAGUCCUGCUGCUCCUGUCCUGCAGCCAGACGUUUGCCCAGCGCCCAGGAGACAUCUGCCCACAAAACACCCACCACGAUCAAGAUGUCACAGCCAACACUGUGCCCACCGUUGAUCCCAAACUCUUCAACAAGAGGCGAUACCGCUCACCACGCGUGCUCUUCAGCGAACACCCACCCGACUCUGAACCAUCUCGGAGCAGGUCCAAGAGGAAAGCAGGACCGCCUCAACAUCGCGGCGUUUACUCCGUCUGCGAGAGCAUCAGCAAUUGGGAGGGAAAUAAAACCAAAGCCACAGACAUCUCAGGCAACGAGGUCACCGUUUUGCCUGACGUAAUCAUCAACAACUCCAAGAAAAAGCAAUACUUUUUUGAGACCACCUGCAGCAGCGGGCGAACCGGAGGCUCUGGGUGUUUAGGGAUCGACGCCCGCCAUUGGAACUCAUAUUGCACCAAUUCGCAUACGUUUGUACGCGCGCUGACUUCAUUCAAGAACCUGGUGGCGUGGAGACUCAUAAGGAUCAAUGUAGCUUGCGUGUGUGUGCUGAGCAGAAAGUCUUGGAGAGCGUGACAAACUGGCAGAUUUUCCACACACCAGCGAUGGCCUUAAUGAUAUCAAACUCGAGUCCUCUACAGUAUGUGAUGGUGGAUGUUUUCCAACCCUUCUUGACAACUAGUGACAUAAAACAGACCUUCUGAGGAGGAUAAUUAUGAUGUGUUUGUGUCACAGGAUGCUACAGUGGAAUGAGUUGGGUUUUUCCGAGUCUUUUUUUUUAGCUUUCAUCUUUUUAGAAUAAUUCUCAGCAGUACGAGAACAUGUACAUAUAUUGUUGUGUGUGUGGUAACUGUUAUUUAUUUAAACCGCAGCAUUAUUGUUCAUUUACUGUGGGUCCUCAGUGUGCAUAUUAAGAGAUAAAAUAAAGGAACAUUUUGGAUUAAAUAAAAAGUUUAAUUUAAA